AUGUCUGACAAACCGUCAACCCAGUCUGCCUCAAGCACUGCGUAUGCUGGCUAUACUCAGUCAAGAAUGCCGUACACUGCAGCUGGUUAUCCGCAGUACAAUGGAGCGGUGAACAUGGCCAAUUCCAACCCCCUUGCCAACAUGUCGAACCUCAAAGCUACGCUGCCAUCCUCUGCUUCUGUCGAGACUGAGAUGAGCGCAGUCAGCCGUCCCGGAUACAAUAGUCCUUUGAUGAUGUUGCCGUCCGGUCAAGCCGUGCCACUCCCCAACUUCUAUGGCCAGAACCAGAACUCGACUGGAGAUGCUACUUCCCAAUUGCCUUAUGUCCCUACCGGAAUGUUUCCAAGCUUCAUUGGCAACACCAACAUGGCCACAAGCACGCUCCCAGGAUAUGGUUGGCCGUACAAUCUCGCCUCCAAUGUCACAGGGUUCGACCCUGGUCGUCGAGGCUCGUGGUCUUCCGAAGAGAACCCUCCCAACAACCAAAACGUUGCCCUCCAAGGUCAAUCGGACUACUACAACUCCAUGGCUUACCUCCCAACGGCAACCGCCGGCCAACACUAUAUUGCUGGACCCAUUCAACCCAUGAAGUGCCAGGACAACAAAUCGUACGAGAUGGUCAAUCUUGACGACCUCGUCAACCGUGACCCUCCGAUCCCUCGUGCGGUGCCCGCCAUGUGGACAAAUCAAGAAGAGCUCAGCCUGGCCAAAUGUCUCCAAAAUCCCGAGGGCAUCACAAACGUCUACAUUCGUGGCUUCAUGCCGGAUACCACCGACGAGGAUCUCGAACGUUGGGCCUCUCGCUUUGGAGAGAUUGAGUCAUGCAAGGCCAUCAUCGAACAGGACACUGGCAAAUGCAAAGGUUUUGGAUUCGUCAUGUACUAUUCUCCUGCCGCUGCAGAGAACUGUAUCCGUGGUUUCUUCCAUCUUGGCUUUCAAGCCAGCUAUGCUCAGAAAUCUCGCAACUCCCGACUCAAGGACCUUGAAGAUAAGAACUCCACCAACAUCUAUUGCACCGGGGUUCCCAUUGACUGGAAUGAAUCGGAUCUGGCCAAACACUUCUUGCCGUAUCACGCUGUCUCCACCAAGAUCUGCCGCGAUGCUCCAUCCGGAGUCAGCAAGGAAGUCGGUUUUGCCAGAUUCGAAACACGCGAAAUUGCGGAACGUGUCAUCAAAGAGUUCCAUUCUGUCCUCAACGAGCGUGAUGGCAUCAAAUUGUUCCUCCGCUUUGCCGACACCAAGGCUCAGAAGCAACUCAAACAACAGAGUCAAGAGCGUCGCAACUGGCGCAGCCGAGAGUACAGCUAUUCGGUUGAGCACACUCCGUCUCCUACUUUGUCUCGACUGCAGAACGUGAACAACCACAUCAGCCCGAAUGGCAGUUACCAGUCACCUGCUGGCACUACCAACGGCUUCACUCCAGCGACGUCAGUCUCUCCGCCUGAGCUUCCAGGUGUCAACAACAAGGCAGCGAACAUGAUCCGCAGCUCCACGUCGACUUGGCCGAUGCACGGGGGCCUGCAGUCGAUCACCAACACCACCACUGUUCGGGCUUCCCAUCCUUAUAUUGAGCUCCCCCCAAAGUCUGCCGCUUCAGUUACAAUCAUCCCGGACAGUGGUGACCCCGGCAAGAAGACAAAGACACCAAGUCCCAAGAAGGUCACCAUUAAAAUUGAGCCGGCCAGUGGCAAGGAGAAUUACACCACCACUACUCCACAGUCCAGCAAAUGA